AUGUUCCCGCCCCCAACAAAUUCCCUACGUGGGGGCUGUCGGGAGGAUAGCGAGGAGGAGAGCUCCUGCGAGGACGGCCCCCACAGCGCGGCGGUGGAGCUCGCGAUGCACAUCGAGGACUGCGCGUCUAUGCUACCAGGGUACCUCAUUCACAUCGAGGAGAGCCUGCGCGGGAUUGCACCUGACGAGGAGUCUCCCCUUCCGAAAGGGGAGGGGGGUUUGCCUGGCGGGAUGGAAUCGUUUCCCCCACCACAGGAGGACUCCACAGGGGGGUUGGGGAGGGAAGGGGUCUACGAACGCCUUCGGGGCCUGACAAGCCCCACCGUCGUGGCGACGCUGCAUAUCCGCGCGGCGCGCUCGCGGAUUGGGGGGGGGGAUCCCAACCUAACCGCCCCCCCGCGUUCGGCGAGGGUUUCCUUCAACUUCAUGGAGGGCUUUCGGCUGCAUCCUGACGUCGAGGUGGUGGCGCGGGAAGGGGCCCAUUCGACCUGCUACGAGUCCUUGCUAUCGCUGUUGCUGGGGAACUUCUGGGAUGCGGAGCGGGAGGCAUAA